CGAACAUCUCUAAUGGACGCCGCGGAGAGCGGCAGCCUCGAUGGGGUCGCCCUACUGCUCCAGGCUGGUCAUACGUCAGGGACUGGGCUAAAUGCCCAGAACAUCAAAGGACAGACCGCCCUCUCGCUUGCGGCUGCAAACGGCAACGAGGGUGUCGUGAGGAGGCUACUCGAGGAGGACGGCGUUCAGGUAGACCUGCAAGACCUCGGGGGUCGGACUGCCCUGUGGUGGGCUGCUGCGAACGGACACAGCGAAGUCGUCAGAAUCCUCGUCAAGAAUGGAGGAGCCGACUUCAAACAGCCUGACCAGGACGGGCGGACGCCCAUCAUAGUCGCCACCGAGAACUGGCAUGACACGGUGGUCAGGACGCUUCUU